AUGUUUUUAAAUCAAAACAUAGGCGGAGGAACUGGAUUUAUUGGCAGAAACUUGCAAGAAUUUCUGUUGAAAGAAAAAUACAAAGUUACAGUAAUAUCUAGAAUCAAGACUGGAGAAGAACACAUAAUAAAUUGGGCUGAUUUAAUAACCAAUGGUGUUCCCAAUAAUGUCACUGCUGUGGUCAACUUGACCGGUGAGCCCAUCAUGGUUCCUUUCAAAGAUUUUGGAAAUAACUUUAAAAAAAAAAUUUGGAUUAGUAGAGUUGGAUCUACAAUGUUACUUACUGAUAUCAUAAAUUCUGCCCAAUGCAAACCUAAUGUGUUCAUUACCAUUACUAGUACUGAUAUAUAUCCAUCAGAUGGAGAAGUCCAUACCGAAAAAUUUAUUCCUACAGACCAGAUGAUAGACAGUAAUUUCUUUACUAGAUUAGGAACAGAUUGGGAGCAAGCUUCAAAGUAUUUUCCCUUUCGUAAAGUAUCGAUUAGAACAGGAAGCGUACUUGGUUAUAGGGGUGGAUUUCUCAAUUGCUUGAAAUAUCCAACUGCUAUAGGUUUAGGGGUUCAAAUAGGAGAUGGAUGUCAGUACCAGCCUUGGAUACACAUCUGUGACUUAUUGAAUAUCAUAUUAUUUUCAAUACAGAAUGAAGAAAUAAGUGGAAUAUUGAACGGUGUAUCACCAAAG